AUGUUGUCAUUCCAGACCUGUAAAGGAAUUAUAAAAUUAUUUGAUUUCUAUAGCUUGGGAAGAACCAAUAAUAAAAAUAAGUCAAUAAUAACCUUGCAAGUCUUGAGCUGUUAUUUAAAAAAUUGAAAUAGAUUUAUGGGGUUAAAGUAUAUGUUUUAUAAGUGAAUAGAUGUUUCAUUUUAAACUUUCCUUGGUUAGACUACGCAUCCAUAUCAAUUUGAAGAUAAGAAUAAUAUUUAUGCUUUCUCCAAAACAAUAGAUGUAAUAUAAAGUGAAGAGGUUGUUUAAACAUAUUUCCAUAAUAAUUUAUAAAAUAAAAAUCUAUAUCGAUAAAUAAGAAUGGAGAAUGUGUUAACAUAUGAAUAAAAGUAUAGAGUUUAUUUAUCUUAUAUAACAAAUGCACUAUCUUAUGAACUGAUAAAAAAUUAGGAUUCAUUAAAAUUAUAAUUUAAAUUAAUACUUUAAAUAAAUUUGAUUGAUUUCAUCAAAAAAAUUUUAAAUGUCUUAUUUACAUGA